GGAGGGUCUGCAGCGCGUAGCUGGGCCCCUAGGACCGCGGUGUCGGCAGGGCUAGGCGUUUGCGAAGGCACAGCAUUCUGCAAAGGGAAGGGACACAGGCAGCAGGCAGGUGCACACCCGCCGUGAGGGUUCCAUAGAGGGAAGACACGGGCCCCUAGGGAGGUGAGGAGACCCUUCUGGGUGGAAAAUAGGGAAAAGAUAAACUGGAGUUGGGUGUGUGUGUGCGCGCACGCACACAUACACACACACACACAUACACACACGCUACUAAUUCUGGAACUCUACCCCAAGAGGCCCCCCAGAUGAGAACUCUAGAUCUUAGUCCCCUCCUGAUGAGAACUCUAGAUCUUAGGCCUUAAAUCUGUAGACCCAGUUAGAGGUCUCACAUUUAGCUCUUUUGUUCUCCCAGGAGCUACUUGAUAAGAAGGAUAUUAAUCUAUUCAGCAAAUGAGGUAAUAGAGUCAGAGCAGAUUGGUUAUUUGCCCAGGUCAAACACUGAGGAAGCGAAGGCAAAAGUCCCAGUUUCUAGAGACCUAAUUCUGAGCUUUUUUCAAAGGAUUCUAUGCAUUUCUGAUAGGAAAAGCAGUGUAUUCUGAUAUAAAACCAGUUUCUUCCAGAAUUUGAUUCUUCAGAGAGAGGACAAUGACAAUUAUCCCCUUAUUAACCAAGAAGGUUCUGGAGACACAACUGAAUUGUUAUUUGUUGAAGACCUCACAGGACGUGGAGAUGGAGAGUUGUAGGUUCUACCCACUUGAUCUGACUAAAGCCUAUUUUCUGGAGUCCUCAAUAACAAGAGUCCAUCCCCAUGCAGCAGGUGCUCAGGAACAGCCCAUGGAAGAAUUAUAUGAAGAGGUGGUGAUUAAGAUUAUAGAGCAGGAGUGGACAUGUUUGGAUUUCCAACAGCUACCCUGCUGGACUGUCAUGGAAGAUAUGCCCAGAAUGUAGCAUUUUUCAAUGUGAUGACAGAAGCUCACCACAAAUAUGAUCACUCUGAGGCCACAGGAUCCUCAAGCUGGGAUUUCCAGAAUUCUUUCAGAAGAGAGAAGCUGGAACAAAAAUCCCCAGAUUCUAAGACACUACCGGAAGAUUCACCUGGAGUGAGACAGAAGAUCUAUGAGUGCCAAGAAUGUGGAAAGUCCUUCAGGCAAAAAGGUAGUCUAACAUUACAUGAGAGAAUUCACACUGGUCAGAAGCCCUUUGAGUGUACCCAUUGUGGAAAAAGCUUCAGGGCCAAAGGCAAUCUUGUUACACAUCAGCGAAUUCACACAGGAGAGAAGCCUUAUCAGUGCAAGGAGUGUGGGAAAAGCUUUAGUCAGCGUGGUAGUCUGGCCGUCCAUGAGAGACUCCACACUGGACAGAAACCCUAUGAGUGUGCCAUUUGUCAAAGAAGCUUCAGGAAUCAAAGUAACCUUGCUGUUCACCGAAGAGUUCACAGUGGUGAGAAGCCCUAUAGAUGUGAUCAGUGUGGAAAAGCUUUCAGUCAGAAAGGAAGCUUAAUUGUUCACAUUAGAGUCCACACAGGUCUAAAACCCUAUGCCUGUACCCAGUGCAGGAAGAGUUUCCACACCAGGGGGAAUUGUAUUCUGCAUGGCAAAAUCCACACAGGAGAGACACCCUAUCUGUGUGGUCAAUGUGGAAAAAGCUUCACUCAGAGAGGAAGUCUGGCUGUGCACCAGAGAAGCUGCUCACAAAGGCUCACCCUUUGACCAUUUUAUUCAAAGGAAGUUUUAUUUCUGAAUUAAGGGUACAAAACCCUCUGUUAUUGAGCUGCAUAUCCAGUUCUAUGGAAUGAAUGGAGAAUAUUCUAGGAAGACCAGUAGGGCAAACAAACUUUUUUCCUUAUCCUCAGAUGAGUAUGAAAAAUAAAUGUCUUGUUUAUCAUUAUCA